CUUUGGCAUCUUCUAGCGUCCUUUGCAGCCAGGGGUGUCUUGGGUGGAAUCUGGGGAAAGAAGAAAAAAAAAGCUUUUCCGUUUUUUCCCUUCUUUUCCUCUUUUCUCCUCCCACCGUCCUUUUGCCUGUGUGUGCGUGUGUGUGCCUCUCCUGAUCUUCUCGUCACCUCACCACCCUUUUCACUGGGACCGGCCCUACUCUCCUAUAUAGAGCCUCCCCCAAACCAUACGCCCUCCCCCCUCUUCAUCAUGUCGGCCGCCACCACCGUCCCGCUGUCUCUGCACAAGACACCACAGCCUAGAUACUCUCCCGCUGUCUCGGGAAACACCUCGCCUACUGAAGGCUCUCGCAACGCCUCCCCUCACCCCUCCACUUGCUCCUCCCAGAACUCCCGGUCCAGCAGUCGCCGUCGGGAGUCGUUCGGUUCCAUUAAGGAAGACGUGGAUGGCAUUGCCCAGUCCUUCGUCGAUACCCACAUCGAACAGUCCCCUCAAGAGACCACCAAGCGCAGCCCUAUUGAGAUGCAGCCCGACUUUUGCUGCCCAUGCGGUGGUUUCCUCGGCUGGAAGCAGAUCCGGCUGGGUGGCAAGAGUCUGAGUCGGAGCUACAGCGAUCUCCGCAGCCUGGGGAACUUGCAUGCGCGCGGCUGGGCCUGGGAUACGCCCGAUGUCGCUCCGCCUAGCAAGCCGGCGCCAGUGGAGGAGCAGAAACUGCAGGUGCCGGAAGUGAAAGAAGUGGAAGUGGAGCAGAAGCCGCCUGCAGGCACCUCCGCUUUGGAACGGCUUCCCCCGGAGGUUCUUGACCAUCUUAUCUCCAUGUUGGCAUUGGACGUGCCCCCCAAUGGAUAUACCCCUCGUAAUGUGGAUCUGAUCUCGUGCCUGCUUACCUCAAAGACAUUGCACGCCGCCACCCUCAGUGUGUUGUACCGGAACAUGACAUUCCCCCACUCCAUCAUCUUCUCCAAGGCCCUCAACCACAUCUCUCGCUAUCCCGCACUGGGCACGCUGGUUCGCCGCCUUGACUUUUCGCACUUUACGUCGGUUGGAUUGGGUCGCACCAAGCAGAUGAACGCUGAGAUUCAGAAUCUUACCGCCAAGACGCUUUUGCAGUGCCUGGAACUGCUGCCCAACCUCAAGGAAUGCUUGUUGCAGGAGCAUGUCGAGGGCGACAUCAGCUUGGAUGUGCUCCGCAAGCUGUUCACCGGUCUUCCCAACCUGUCCGCCGUGGAUUUCUGCGGCUGCUCUUCCCAAUCCUUCUCCACUCUCUUCUUGGAGGCCUUGAUUUCCGGUCCUGGUGUCCCCUUGAUCCUGCCGAACUUGCGACGGGUUUCCCUGCAUGAAUGUAGCAGUCUUCCCGCGGCUGCUUUCGAGAUCCUCCUGCCGCGCCUGGUCAACCUCACUCACCUCGAUGUCACCCACACGCAGAUCACCGAGGAUGCGUUGUUCUCUAUUCCGGAGACCGCGAAGAUCACUCAUCUCAGCAUCUCCCGAUGCUCUCGCCUGCGGGGCUCUCGAGUCGUCGAGUUUCUGUCGACCCACCCAGCCGUCUGCGACUCGCUGGUGUUUUUGAACCUGCUGACUGACCCCACCCGAUCCCGGCUCCUGGAGGAGGAGGAUGUGCAGGCACUUCUCCCUCGUUUGCCUUCUACCCUUCGUUCGCUUAACCUCGGAGGGGCCAAGGUGACCUCCGCCCAUACUCAGGCCUUGUUGCCCUUGACGAAGCAUUUGGAGGAGCUGGGUCUGAGCUCGUGCGAGCUCAAUGGCCAGGAUCUCAACACGUUCUUUGUGCCACCCAAGCCGGUUGAAGGAGAACCGAUCACUCCUUGGGUUCCAUCCACGCUGUGCUACCUGGACCUGAACAAGGCCAACCAGCUGACGAUCGGCACUAUCUUCAACCCCAAUGCGUGCGUUAUUCUCUCGCCGCAGAGCUACCCGCUGCAGGUCAUCGAGUUUAGCGACAAGCUCAUCGCACCUCUGCGCGAGCGGGCGCGCAACACCCGUACUUCGCCGGACUGGACGGUUCGCGAGCUGGGCCGUCGGGGAUGGUACGUGCGGGACCCGGCCUCUAUGCCGGAGGUUAUGCUCGACGACGGAGCGCGCUCCUGGAAGAUGGGCGCCCGUUGGUGGGGCAUGCGGAAGAUUCCGGUGGCCGUGGGCGACGUAGGCGGGCUCUACGGGCACUACAUGUUCAAGAAAUGAGCAUGUCUUUGAUUUAUACCCUUGCUAUCUUCUUUUUUUCCUCAUUGUGUAUGGCGCAUCAUUGGUCGGCGUUUUGAUUUGGGCCACUGCAACGGAACGCG